AUGAGGAUAAACGUUAAAACAUAUUUGCUAGCGUGUCUGGCAUUGGGAGGAGCAUAUGCCCGCAGCACGAAUACUGCUUCAAUUGCAAACGAGCGCAUCCACGGCCACGAAAGCUUCGUCGACAACGAUGGCGUGAGGAUUCACUACAGGUCUUACGGCUCUGGACCUCUCCUGAUUCUGCAGCACGGCUUCCCGGACAGAGAGACCACCUGGAACACCUUUCAGAUCCAAGAAUUCGCAAAGAAAUACACCGUUGUGACUCCCACCUUGCGCGGAUAUCCGCCCAGCGAUGUCCCACCGGAAAAAGAAGAUUAUGCUGCUGCCGCCUAUGUUUCCGACAUGUUGGCGGUGAUUAAAGCAACUGGCAAAGGCUCGGCUGUCAUUGUGGGACACGAUGUUGGAGGCGUCGUCGUGCAAAAGUUUGCUUUGGCGCAUUCGGAUAUGCUCAAGGGCCUAGUCAUGGUUAACACGCCAAUCAUCCCAGUUUUCCUCCCGUUGAUUGAGUUUGACAGCUACCAGCAACAGCUAUCGGAAUACACAAUACCAUAUUACGCAUACCAGCCAGGUCAGCCGAAGAAUGUUUCCACAAUAGUCCAGCACAUCUUGAACGAGACAUACCGCGGCGAGAUUGCAGGAUACGUGCAGGAGUCCCCUCUCUACGGAAUGCUUGACUUUUACAACGAAAACUUUCCUGCGCCUCCGUAUGGACAAAACCUCAGUACUGAGGGUUUGGCUCAAACAGUCCCCAGCGCUAUUAUCUGGGGCGAACUCGACCCUUAUUUUAGUCCAGCGAUGCUCAAUGGCCUCGAGGCUUGGUUUGACUUUGGAAUCAGAUUAGUCACGAUUCCAGGCGCCGGGCACUGGUCCUUUAGAGACAAGCCUGCUCGGUUCAAUAUUGAGCUAAAGUCUUUUCUCGAUUUCCUUGAUUACUAG